GAAUAUUCUGAAAGGUGAAAUUGGUGGGGCUUAUUAACCGCGACCAAGUGAAAGCGAGUGGCUAAUAUUGUCAUUACUAUUAUUAUUAUUAUUAGUGUUGGUGUCGGGUCUUGUCUACACGCCGUAUUGAAAGUGAGCCGCCCAGUGAUCCAGUUAAUAAGGAGAAAGUGUCCGUAAGGGUGAGGUAUACUUGAUAAUUUAUACCCUCGUGACUUGUCAAUGACUCGACGUCUUUCAGCCAAGUCGCGUGUUUAGGAAAUUUUAAGCGUGAUGGUGGUGGUGUGAGGUGCAUCAGGCGGCCGAGCUGAUCUCCCUCGCCUCACCUGCCUCACCCGGCACACCGUCUCGGCCCGCCCCACCCCGCUCCGCCGCGCCAUGGCCCUGCCCCACCCGAGGGUCCUGGUGGCCGCCCUCAGCCUGGUUCUCCUGUUGGCGGCGCUGACGGGGGCCAACGCUAACUCACCCUUGGAUGACCCUGAGCUGGACUUGCUGCUUGACCCUGUGACCUCCACCGAUUUCGCCACCCCCGAGGACACGCGCCUGCUGCAGGAUGUCUACGAGAACUCCGUGUCCGGCAAGUCGGUCACGCAGGCACCGCAGCCGGCGGUGGAGGAGCCGGUGACCCCGACACGAGGCCGCGGGGGGAAGAGGAGGAGGAACAGGAAGAAAAAGAAGCAGGAGGAGCGACUGGCUGCUGAGACUGAGGCGCUGACCACCUCCACGACCACCACGACGACCGUAGCGGCGACACUGACGGCGGAGGUGACGACCGGCCUGAUGGAGAGAUUGGAGGUGGAGGCCGCGUCGACAACCGUAGGAGGCCCCGUGAAGGAGGAGAUAGUGGCGGACGCCCCGAGAAUCGCCUACAGCCGCGCCUGGGUCAACAAGUCCUACCGUGCCCGCGAGGACUUCAACCCCCGCGGCAUGGAACACCUGUACCUCAUCACCAACCUGUUCCUGAGCCUCGUGCACCGCGAGAGGGAGGUGCCCAAGGAGAUCGAAUCCGUGAUGGCGCAGGAGCUCGCAGUUACGUCCAUGGACCAGCAACGGACGAUGAGGGUUGUGUCGGAGCUCGAGGCCAACUGGGACGUCCUUUUGAUCCACUACAUCGGUCUGGUGGCGCUGGUGCUGGUCGGGGCCCUGGUGGUGGUGAUCAUGCCCCUCGCCGGCCUCUUCUUCGCCUGCUGUCGCUGCGCCGGCCGUUGUGGUGCCCAGGAGCCGCACUACGACAAGAAGAGAGACCCGUGCAAGAGGGCCACGCUCGGGACGUUCCUCGCCGUUCUGGUGGUUGUGAUAUUGUUGGGUCUGGUGUGCUCCUUCGUGACCAACGCGCGCAUGGAGGAGGGCGUGCAGAGCCUCCCCAAGAAGUGGUCCCUCAGCGUGCACGACACCAAGCUCUUCCUCAACAACACCGACAAUGAGGUGCAGAACCUACUCGUGAGGAACUACCGCGAGCUGCAGAGUGUCCUGUACAACAAGCUGGACAGUAGUGGAGAGCUUGUGAAGAGUGAGUUGGCCCGGGUCACCAAGGCAGUGGCUAUUGACAACCUGACAGCCAUUGCCUCCAGCCUCUCCGUGAUCAAGAAGGACCUGUGGGAGAUCAAGAACACCACACUUCAGCUGCAGGAGCAGACGUCCAACUUGCAGAGUGGGCUGGAGGAUGUUGCGCGGCGGCUGCUGGAGCUGCAGCAGGCCUGUGAGAGUCUGCCGGAGUGCCGGACGCUCAUCAACAAAUAUGCUGACAAACUCACCAUCAACAAUGACUUUGACCGGUAUCUGGAGACCGAUGUUUUGCCUCAGCUUCCAAAUGUUGAGUCAAAGAUAGAUGAGGUGACCAACUUAAUAGAGAAUGACAUAGAGAUUGUGGUGAAGAGAGGAAAGAGAUCCUUUGACUCUAUAGCCACAGAAAUCCAAAACAAAGUGCAAAGCUCUAUACCCGAGAUCAAGGCUAAAAUCCUGGAUGUGGGGGGCCAGCUAGAAGACAGAGCCGAGAAGAUUCAUCACUUCCUUCAGCCCGUCGACCUGAGUGAGCCUCAGGAGCCCCACUCCAUCCCACAAGAGUCCAACACAUACCUGCGGCAGAUCAACUCCUACCUGAGGGUGAUGCAGGAUGGGAUAAAUGAAUAUGCCAUGUACAGGUACUGGGGUGCCAUGGGUCUGUGCAUCCUGCUGCUGGUGAUCACUCUGUGCUUCACCCUCGGUGUGGUGUUUGGCUGCUGUGGGCGCCGACCUGAUGAGGCGUCCUCCUGCCACAAGUCAACAGGAGCAUCAUGGCUUAUGUGUGGUGUUGGGCUGACAUUCCUGUUCUCAGCAGUGAUCAUGGCCUGUACAACCAUCCUCUUUGUGGUGGGCAGUGUCUCUGAGAUCAUGGUGUGUAACCCUCUCAGUGACCCCAUGCACUCAGAGUUGUUCUCUGUUACUGCUGACUUCUAUAAUCUAGAGCACUUGUACCCACCUGGCGAGGCUCCCAAGAUCACCGAAAUUAUUAGCAUGUGCCACAAAAACCUAAGCAUGUACACAGUGCUUAGUCUGGACAAGGUUGACAAUAAUCUGGCUGAACUUCAAGACUACAAGAACAGACUCAACCUCCAUGAAAAGAUUGCUCAGCUGAAAAGUGACAUUCGAGUCAACACCAACGUGGAGAUCUUGUCCAAGAAAGCCAAGGAACAGCUGUGGGAGCUGGCCAACUCCUCGGUGGCAGAUAAAGACACAUGGAACUAUUAUACUGACAUCCUGGAAAAGAAAGUGUUGACUAUAGAUUUGAUGGAGCUGGCAGCCCUUCUCAACCAGACUGCUGACCAACUCCCUCAUGGCCACCACCAAGUCUCCUUCAAGCUCAAGAAUGAUGCACUCUUUUUGGAAGGGCUGCAGCGGUGGGUCACAUCCAUCGGCUCCCUCACAAGGAACCUCAAGAAGACCACAGCCAGACUUAAUGAACACCUCAAGUUCAACAAGACCAGCUUGCGCGAGGCUAUUGUUGAUCUCAUUAGUCAGGCAGAGUUUGCCCAGGACUACCUGCAGGUCAAUGGCUCCCAGGAAGUAACUGAGCUGGUGGAGAGGUUUUCUAAGGAUUUCCUGGCUGAUGUGGAUGAGUACGUGCUUCAUGUGCAGACAGCCGUGGAGAAUGAUGUUGGCCGCUGUGGCCCUGUGUCCACCAUCUACAAUGCUACCACCUCUGCUGUCUGCAAGGAUAUUAUGUACCCAUUUAACGGGUAUUGGGCCAGUGUUGGGUGGGUGUUCUUUUUCUUCCUCCCGGCAAUGAUCCUUGCUGUGCAUCUUGCCUCACUGUACCGAAAGACGGAGCCCUACCCUGGCCCCCUCAAUGAGUCCCAAGAGUCCAUGUAUGACGCAUAUGCUGAAAGGGACAACAUACCCCUCACCACUAAGGCGAUGGAAAGGCGUGUCGUACUGGUCAGCAGUGCGUAUGACAAGAAGCAGCGGAGACGUUCCCGAGAACACGAAGGCUACGUGAGCAGCAGCUACACUGCUGAUCAGCCGUACAGUGGAUCACGUGCCUCGCCACCUCGCACUGAAUAUAUCAACACAACUGACUGGGCAGACUACCCUCCCAGUGGCGGGCCCCCACGCUACACCAGUCAGCCCAGCCUCUCCCCAGAGUACGAGAGACCGCCUCCAUAUUAUUACCCCGGGCCUGGGCCGCACUACUAUGGGGGACCUCCCCCGGGGGCUGGGCCCGCUGCCGGGGGGAUGCAGGUUCACCCCCCCCCUCCAGGCAACCCCCCACCAGGGCCACAAGGUCCUACAAACUUCAUCCAUGGCCCUGCCCCUUGGAACCCACAACAGCGCACCAUCAAUAUUGGCGGCUGGAAGAUCUCGCAGGCCUACUCACGGGAUGAAUAUGAUGCAUAGUGGCCAGGUGUUGGCCAGCUGUCUGCACCUGAGGCAUAGAGGAUCUCAGGACAGAGUCUGCGGAGCCCCCAGAGUGCUCUGAUGGGUGGCCAUGACACGAAACCUUGUGUUCCCCCCAGACCCAGCAACCCUCCUCCUGAAGGCAACACACAAAUACUUUGGAGAAUCUCCUUUAUAGCUUUUAUAAAUAUAUAUAUACAUAUAUAUUAGGCCAGAGUUUCCUUUUUAAGUUAGGCUGACAUGUAUCCUCAGUCCAGUGUUCUGAGUGUUUCACAGAGCAUUCCAUUUCUCAACACCAAAAAUCAGGAUUUCUGUAACCUUAUAAAGGGAUAGAGUGUUUGGAAGUUUUUAUUGCAACACAGUACUACACUUUUUAGGGAGAUUGGUUAAAUAUAUAUAUAU